CGGCAGCAGAGAGCCCAGGACAGGCUCCUGCUCCGCCUGCGGGCAGCGGCCGAGCGCCUGGCCGCCCACCACUCCGCCCAGCCAGCGAUGGCUCGUGAUGGUAAGGGCAGAGGUGGCACGGCGCUGGCUGGCGAGAACAGCACUGGCACGCCGAGCCAUCUGCUGAG